CUGAUCUCUUUCAUGUCCCCCACAGGGACCAGCACAGCUUUUUUUUCAUAAGGAGGGGGAUCAGGCAAUCUCCCUGCUCAGGAGAUUAUAGGGUGUAGGGGAAAUAAGGCAGUGCCAGAUAGAAAUUGCUAGACUGCAUAAUGGACAUUGCUAAGAAGGCCCUGAAGGAUGAUGGACCACCAACUGGGCCACGCUGGAGGGGUUGGGAGCAUGACCAGGGCAGAGCUUGGGGGUGUGAAGGAGUGCUGGACGCCAAGGGGAGGUGGCAUCUGAAAGGUGGUAGGAUUUGGGCAAGAGGAGGAGAAGGAAAGAAGCACCCUAAGUGGAGGCACUGUAGGAGCAAAGGCCCCUGAGACGUGGGACAGCCCUGGGUACUAGAGUGGGCAUGCCCCACUGAGUGGAGCAAAGAAUAGGAGAGGACGUUAGGAAGUGAGUGGAAAAUAGUAUCAAAACAAGUUCACGGCCAUAUGUGCUGGAAGGCCUGAACCAGCCCUGAAUCACUUAAAAUUUGAAAGUUUAGGGAUGCUUGAAAUAUACUAAUUUCACAAAAAUGACUAAAAGUGCAAAAAAUCUCCUACAAACUCAACAGUUGCAGCCACUGGGUCGAAGAGCAAAGGCAGGCGAGCACAUGGCUGGUGACAGGGGCAUGCCGCUCGCCUUGUUCGUGAACACACAGCCUGCCCUGCUCUUUGGGGUUGAGCCAUGCUCAUCACCAAGUUCUCCUCUGAAUGCACAGUCAGCGACAGCCACUCCCAUUGUUUCCCUUACUCUGAUCUUGAAGGGAGGCAGAGCAGUGGUUAUCAUCCUACUUUGCAGAUGAGGCAUCUGAGGUCCAGGGAGGAGAGCAAUACAUUCAAGUCCUUCAGAGCCUGAUGGCUCCAAGCUGGGGGACCCAUUUACUCCUAAGCCCAAUGCCCAUGGAGUUGCUAGGCCUGCUCACCCCUGGGGCCUCUGAGCUAGAAGGCUGCCUCUUAGGCCACAAAGGAUCUGGCAAGGAUGAAGAAAUGGGGGAGCUCAGAUUCAGGGGAGUCUGAGGACCCACCCCAAGAGGACUCCUGCCCAGACCCCCUGGAUGGAGACCCUAAUUCCAGGCCAGCUCCAGCCAAGCCCCACUUCUUCCCCACGGCUAAGAGCCGCAGCCGGCUUUUUGGAAAGUGUGACUCAGAGGAGGCUUCUCCUAUGGAUUGCUUUUAUGAAGAAGGUCAGUUAGCCUCCUGCCCAGCCAUCACAGUCAGCCCUGUUGUCAUCAUCCAGAAGCAUGAGGAUGGCCCCACCUGUGCCAGGCAGCCGUCCCAGGACUCUGUCACUGCCAGGUCUGAGAAGAGCCUGAAGCUCUAUGACCGCAGGAAGAUCUUCGAAGCUGUUGCUCAGAAUGACUGUGAGGAGCUGCAGAGCCUGCUGCUGUUCCUGCAGAGGAGCAAGAAGCAUCUCAUGGACAGCGAGUUCAAAGACCCAGAGACAGGGAAGACCUGUCUGCUGAAAGCCAUGCUCAACCUGCACGAUGGGCAGAACGCCACCAUCCCCCUGCUCCUGGAGAUCGCUCGGCAGACAGACAGCCUGAAGGAGUUUGUCAACGCCAGCUACACUGACAGCUACUACAAGGGCCAGACGGCCCUGCACAUUGCCAUUGAGAGGAGGAACAUGGCACUAGUGACCCUCCUGGUGGAGAAUGGGGCAGACGUCCAGGCUGCAGCCAAUGGAGACUUCUUUAAGAAAACCAAAGGGCGGCCUGGCUUCUACUUUGGUGAGCUGCCCCUCUCCUUGGCUGCAUGCACCAACCAGCUGGGCAUUGUGAAGUUCCUGCUGCAGAAUUCUUGGCAGCCAGCAGACAUCAGCGCCAGGGACUCAGUGGGCAACACAGUGCUGCACGCGCUGGUAGAGGUGGCCGACAACACAGCGGACAACACCAAAUUUGUGACAAGCAUGUACAAUGAAAUUCUGAUCCUAGGGGCCAAGCUCCACCCUACACUGAAGCUGGAGGAGCUCACCAACAAGAAGGGACUGACACCACUGGCUCUGGCUGCCAGUAGUGGGAAAAUUGGGGUCUUGGCCUAUAUUCUCCAGAGGGAGAUCCAGGAGCCUGAGUGCAGGCAUCUGUCCAGGAAGUUCACUGAAUGGGCGUAUGGGCCCGUGCACUCCUCGCUCUAUGACUUGUCCUGCAUCGACACUUGUGAGAAGAACUCGGUGCUAGAGGUGAUCGCCUACAGCAGCAGUGAGACCCCUAACCGCCACGACAUGCUUCUGGUGGAACCGCUGAACCGACUCCUGCAGGACAAGUGGGACAGAUUUGUCAAGCGCAUCUUCUAUUUCAACUUCCUCGUCUACUGCUUGUAUAUGAUCAUCUUCACCACAGCAGCCUACUACAGGCCUGUGGAUGGCUUGCCUCCCUAUAAGCUGAAACACACCGUCGGGGACUAUUUCCGAGUCACUGGUGAGAUUCUUUCUGUAUCAGGGGGAGUCUACUUUUUCUUCCGAGGGAUUCAGUAUUUCCUGCAGAGGCGGCCAUCACUGAAGACCUUGUUUGUCGACAGCUACAGUGAGAUGCUUUUUUUUGUGCAGUCACUGUUCAUGCUGGGGACCGUGGUGCUGUACUUCUGCCACCACAAGGAGUACGUGGCCUCCAUGGUGUUCUCCCUGGCCAUGGGCUGGACCAACAUGCUCUACUACACCCGAGGCUUCCAGCAGAUGGGCAUCUAUGCUGUUAUGAUUGAGAAGAUGAUCCUGAGAGACCUGUGCCGUUUCAUGUUUGUCUACCUUGUUUUUUUGUUCGGGUUUUCCACAGCGGUGGUGACACUGAUUGAGGAUGGGAAGAAUAACUCUGUGCCAGCUGAGUCCACAUUGCACAGGUGGCGAGGGCCUGGCUGCCGGCCACCGGAUAGCUCCUACAACAGCCUGUAUUCCACGUGUCUGGAGCUCUUCAAGUUCACCAUUGGUAUGGGCGACCUGGAGUUCACCGAGAACUAUGACUUCAAGGCUGUCUUCAUCAUCUUGUUGCUGGCUUACGUGAUUCUCACCUAUAUCCUUCUGCUUAACAUGCUCAUUGCCCUCAUGGGUGAGACUGUCAACAAGAUUGCGCAGGAGAGCAAGAACAUCUGGAAGCUCCAGAGAGCUAUCACCAUCCUGGACACGGAGAAGAGCUUCCUUAAGUGUAUGAGGAAGGCCUUCCGCUCAGGCAAGCUGUUGCAAGUGGGGUACACACCUGAUGGCAAGGAUGACUACAGGUGGUGUUUCAGGGUGGAUGAGGUCAACUGGACCACCUGGAACACCAAUGUAGGUAUCAUCAAUGAAGACCCGGGCAACUGCGAGGGCAUCAAGCGCACCCUGAGCUUCUCCCUGCGGUCAGGCAGAGUUUCAGGAAGAAACUGGAAGAACUUUGCCCUGGUUCCCCUUUUAAGAGACACAAGUACAAGAGACAGGCACCCUGCCCAGCCGGAGGAAGUUCAUCUGAGGCACUUUGCAGGGUCCCUCAAGCCAGAAGAUGCUGAGGUCUUCAGGGAUCCUGUUGCUUUAGGGGAGAAGUGAGGGACCCCUCUAAGGACUCUUAACACUGUUGGGCCUCAGAAUAUCCCACAGUGUAGGGAAAAAUCGGGCACUGUCAGCAGCCUGGCCUGGUCUGUGCCUGCCUAGGCACCGUCCUCACCUGCUCCGGACAAGCUGCAGGAAGCAUUGUUGGAUGCGUGGGAAGAAAUAGUCAUCCAACCUUCACUGUCCCCAAGUGAAUCUCCCUCCAGGAAAGGAGUUUGCUCUCAUAUUUUUACUGACUUUGUUAAGUAUCAUGAAUGAUAAAUCUUUGUGUGGACAUAUGUGAUGCCCCUGUUUUGUUUUAUUUUAUAUUACUAGGAGUAAAAGUAAAUGAAGCCCAGGAAAACACCUCUUAGAACAAAACAGAGCAUGUCCUUUGAUGUAAAAUGCUGAAGCUGUUCUCUGUUGUGUGUUAAAUACCUCCCCUGAACAGAAUGGUCUAGGGAUGAUGUCAUUUAUUCCUAGGAGAAGGUGGGGGAGGCUGGCCCUAUUUCCAGCUCUGCCAGAAUCAGGUUUUGCCAGAGUGACCUCCGCCUUCUGUGUGAUACAUCACAGUUCAAAAACAUUAGCUCUAUUGCUAUUCAGAUAAAAGUACCGAACCAUGUCUCAGAAGCACGUGGCAAGAAUUUUUUAAUGAUCUUCCGUUUGUGGUGACCAUAGUCCUGCUCCCCUGCAGUGGUACAUACUUCCGCCUCCAUCCAUCCUGUCACUCAUCAAAUAAAUAAGUAAAUAAGUAAAAAAAUAAA